AGUAAGAGUGUCACAUGUCUUUUUUCUGGCUAAUUGAAAUACAAUGUACCAAAUAUUUCUCUAUAAGUCAACAUAUUAAGGUAUACAAAAUAUGCUUUCCGUUCCUAGUUUCGCACAUUCCGAGGGACUGCAGUGCCAUUCUAGAGGGUGGACAGACAAAAUCAGGUGUAUACAAAAUCUCUCCGUUGUCGACGAGACAUGCAAUUUGUGUAUACUGUGACAUGGAGACGGCUGGUGGAGGAUGGACGGCAUUUCAAAGACGACUUCAUUGGUCUGUGGAUUUUAAUCGUCCCUGGGAAGAUUACAAGAUCGGGUUCGGGUUACCAGGAAUUGAUUAUUGGAUCGGAAAUGACGAAAUCCACCUAUUAACAAAGGGGAAUGACUUCUCUCUCUGCGUUGUCAUCAAGUUACAAAAUGGUACAACGCUGUACGAGUUGUAUGGCCAGUUCUCUAUAGCUGACGAGGCAAACAAAUACAAAUUAUUUCUGGGAGGACCGACAACAGGGACAUUAGUUGUGACCCCUUCCCAAGGUCCUACGUUUCCUAUUGAUUUUUCCAUUUCCUCUACAGGUGACAGCAUGUUUGACUCGUCUCUGAUGAAUCUGAAUGGAAUGUAUUUCAGCACGCUGGAUCGGGACAACGACAAUUACCCUAAUUGGGACUGUGGGAAAGGAUUGAUGGGAGGGUGGUGGUUCGCUUACUGUGCUCACGGAUUCCUCAAUGGUGUCUCGUCUCCAGACAAUUUCUGGGGGUCUUGGAACCCGACAGUUCCUCCUGGUUCAAAGGUGAACGAGACUUUAAUGAUGAUAAAACCUCGAUAAGCGCUGAACAUAAUAUAUUGCUGAUAAGGAAUUUGUAAUAUACUUUCAAAUCGCUAAUUUUGUGUUAAUGUGAUUUAAGUGGUAUUGACUUACUUAGUUGGGGUUGACACAGAAAAUGGGGAAUAUAUAAUCGAAGACCUGUAGCUACUUUAAGACAUACAUAAUAUUUUCAUCAAUGUUGAUUCUAUAUAUACAUCAUAACUC